UCUAACGUAGACUUAACUCAAAAAAGGAUAAAAUGUUUCAGAAAUUUGUUGCAGCAUUUGUCAUAUUUGUGACAACUUUUCGUUAUAGUAUUUCUGAACCACACUGUUCUAAAUUCCACUACGAAGAGAAGCUCUUAGAAAAAAUGAUAAGACUUGAAAUUUCUGUGGAAGCAAUGAAAAAGGAAACUGAAGAGUCUCGGAACCAAGUAACGACAACUCUUGGUAAUCUGCAGACAGAAAGAAGCACAUGGAAAGAAACAUUACUGACCAUGAAAGACGCAAGCAUUACAGCAUUAGACACUGCUAUUCAAGAAACAAAAACACAAGUUCAAGAGGAACUAAACGUACUGGCGGCUCAGAAAGAAAGAUCGAAUAAAGAACUGAAGGAGAGCGUGAAAAUACAAGAGGUCGUUUUAUUCUCUGCAAGACGUCCAAAAUAUUAUUCACUGACAAGCGGACAAACUGAUUUUCACAGAGAUCAUUUUAAAUAAAGGCGACGCUUACAACAAAGAGAAUGGUGUAUUUACCGCUCCUUAUACUGGCGUUUAUACCUUUACUGUACAAUUCUGUGUGUAUAAUGGGAAGUAUUUGGAUUUUGCCUUCAUGGCCAAUGACAAACCUUUU